AUGCUUGCGCGUUGUUUGGCAAUUCGUGAGGAGUGGAAGGAGACAUUCCCUGAUCGUCCUUCUGCUGCAGUCUUCCCCCCUAAACCCAGCAGCAGCAGCAGCAGCAGCAACGGCAACGGCAGCAGCAGCAACAACAGCAGCAGCAGGGGAGGGAGGAGAGGAAGAGUAAUGACGGAUGUUAAUGGUCCCGAGCCUAUCUUUGAUCCUGCUGCUGUUCCUUUGCCUAAAGAUAUAGAUGCUGUUUAUUGCAUGCAAGAUGGUGUUUAUCAGGUAUAUUUUGAUCCAGAGAAGAAGAAUAAUAAUAAUAAAAAAGAAGAAGAAGAAGAAAAAAAAGAAUAUUUUCCUCCUUUGUUUGGUCCUCCUAUUCCUUCUGUUAAACAAUUCUUAUCUGCCCUUAAAGAAAUCAUGACUGCUGUACAACAUCCAGGUACUCCUGUUGCUGCUGCUGCUGCUGCUGCUGCUGCUGCUAAUGAUGAUGAUGAUGAUGAUGAUGAUGAUGAUGAUGAUGAUGAUGAUGCUAGUGCAUGCACUGUUGCUGCUGAUGUAAAUCUUUUUGUUAUGGACGUUUACGUUAUUUAG